GCAUAAUAAAGUGAAAUUGGACCUCCUGUUAUAACAAACUCAUGAUCUCUUUUGAACUCGUUCGAGGAGCAUGUGGUUGUAAAGUUCACGUGCGGAUCUUCCAAACCAUUUCAAGGACAAGAGCUACUUAGAAUGAGUGAUCCAUCAAAGUACGCAAAAUGGAUUUAUGCUCAGGCUCGGUUGUGUCAUAUCUACUAGACUGUCUCAACAUGCAAUUGCACCCUUGCUUGCGUUGAGUCCGUUGUCCCUUUUAAGGCUUUUUUGCCUUCUCAACCGAUCCACGAAGUGAAUCGAUCUCGCCAGAGAACAUCGUUAGGGCCUUUCAACCAAAAAGGUCUGUAUCAGAUCUUCUCCAAUCUUAAAGAACGACGAAGCUAUUCAUUCACUCCGUUUCCGUGUGACAAAGUUAAGUCAUCCAUCACUAAACUACCUUCACCAUUCCAAUCACAAUCGGGUGCUUGACAUUGAAGUCUGCGUAUUUUUGGUAGGCUCCAACCACAUGCAAUAUAGCUCAGUCGGUUCCUUCACCCGAACUUUGCUCGGCAAUUUCCAAGUUCUGGCAAAUGGGUCUUCCGUUAGAACACGACGUGGAACUCGGCUCAGAGGCAGCGACGCCUUUCGAGAAUGGCAUUCAAGUCUCGAACCAUGAAACUGUGGGCCUUGCACGGGGAGUCAUUCAAGUGAAGACCGCCGAAGGUGAGGGAGGUUCUUUGCAUGAUUGCCAAGGUACCAAGGUCUCAAUUGUCGAAUGUGAAAGCACACCUUUGACCGAAGAAGGUGACAUAGAAAACUCUUCCGCCAUGUCUUCCUCUUACUUUGAUCAGAACUUCCGUGCUUCAUUCUAUACACCCCACAAAGAGUUAGUUCAACGUGAGUCAUCAGCUUCUCCAACCCGACGAGUGAAUUUGAAAUCGAAUUCAAGCAGUGAGUUUGAUGCAAAUCGUCGCUCGUCAUUGUCUAAACCUCCACCAUCGAUGAACAGCCUAACCCUGUCUCGAGACGUCCUGAGGAACACUCAUGACCUCUAUAAAUUGGAUUCCGGCAGAAAAGUGUGGGAACUGCCCACCACUUCUCAAAGGGAGUUUAGAUAUCAUGAUGAUGAUUUGCGGAAGAUUCGAUCCAAUCCAUACCCUCACGUGCCUUCGUUGUCGAUCGCCAUGGAGGGGGAGCGGAGAUUCUUGCCCGAAAAGCGAGAGUCAUACCGUCGAUUCACUGCCGAAGAUUUUAAUGCCAACAACUACAAAUGGCAAUCUCAAUAUAAAAGCCAACCUAUCCCAAGUAAGGCCGAAUCACCUUCUGACUCCGGUCUCAAGAGCUUGAAAGUAUCCCCAAAUGGAAGCUCGAUUGAGAGCGGUCGAAGUUCCAGUAAUGGUUCCACGGACUCGAGAUUUUCUCAAGGGACCACCUCACAAUCUGCUUACAAGCCAUACUUCAGUUCAGUUUACAGCAGCCAUUCAUUAAAUCGACCUCGAACGUCGACAGUUCGAACGGGGAUUGAGGGCCAAUUUUAUGGCCAAAUCACUUCCAGAGAGCACUAUGGCCCACCUGAAUCUCAACCCUCACGGAUUUCUCAAGAAGCCAUGAAGAAUUUGAUACCCAAGACAACUAUCUAUGCCUAUGGACGACCAGAGACCACCUACAGUCGACAUAUCAAUGAAAGUUUUGUGCUAAAACCACCGAUGAGAUACGAUCCAACUCUACGAAUCCCAGACAAGAUCGAUUGGAUGUAGGCAAAAUUGAGCAUGAAUGUUGGAUCCAACAACUAAAUGUUUCAAAAAAAGUAGCUCACUUGAAGUUCUGAAGAAUUGCAUGAUCGUACUUUAUUUCUUCGAAUCACGUGUACUGUCCACUACAAAUUUAUGCUGUAAUAGAAUACAUUCGACCCAUCACC